GGUCAGGGCGUGCACAUCGCGUUUUCUGUCUUGUUCAGUCCUCCUCAUCGUUCACAUCAGCUCUCUGUUCAGUCCUCAUCCCCAGGAGUCCUCCACCGCCACCAGAGAACAGACAAACAAUACCAACAGACUGACUGACAACCAGGUACACCCGGACAGACUAACCAAAUGGAGAUCUUGAAGGACGAUUUCGAGACCAAGCUGCCGCUGUUGCAAAAGGCCAUUGCGGAGUGCGACUUUGUUGCCGUGGAUACGGAGAUGACAGGGCUCGCUUCCCCCGCCAAUGUCCCAAAGUAUCAGGACAGUCUUGCGUCCCGCUAUUCCAAAAUCUCUAUCAGUGCUUCAAACUUCCUUGUCAUUCAAUUGGGAGUCUGCACCUUCACCUGGUCUGAGGAAGCAGGCGGGUAUGAAGCACGGCCAUUCAAUUUUCCAUGCUUCCCCGCCAGCUCUGACGUCAACAGGUCGGGCGAGCGGUUCUUCAAGUGUCAGAGCUCUAGUUUGGAAUUCCUGCUGAGCAACGGCUUCGAUUUCAACAAAUGGAUUCGCCAUGGUAUUCCGUACCUCACACGGCAGGAGGAAGAAACCUAUAUCGUCCGAAAGAAAGAGAAAACUGCGGUGCUUGCGACGACCACCUCGACAGCCAAUAAUAUCCCAAUUGACGACCGCAAUCGAGAAUUUAUCACAUCCACAGUCGUCAAGAUCAGGGGCUGGUUUGAGAACUCGACUGAGACAACUUUGACCAUCAGUGCACCCAACAGUUUCUUCCGAAGAUUGGUCUAUCAGAUACUGCGCUCGGACUUCAACGAUGAGCUUCAUGCAACCCCAAAUUCUCAAGCACGGACUAUGACGAUUCAGCGAUUGACGGAUGAAAUUCGCCAGCAGCAGGAGGAGGCCAAAGUGGUAAAAGCACCAAUGCUCAACCUUCGCCGUGUGCUGGAUACGAUUUCGGACGCGCGCAAGCCCUUGAUCGGGCACAACUGCUUCUUGGAUUUGAUGCAAAUCACCCAGCAAUUUCUCUGGGAUCUGCCACUGGAUUUGGAUGACUGGAAACGAGCCGUGAUGCUUGAGUGGAAUUUAAUCAUUGAUACAAAGCACCUGGCAGGACAUUCUCUGCUUAGCCCUCUGCUGAGUAAUACAGGACUUGAGACUGUUUCUGAAUGCGUACAAAAAGCACCGUUUGCCACAGUCGGCCCCAAGAUCGUCAUAGCAAAGGACUUUAGUCGGUACCAAGCGGAUGCUUCAGUAUCAGAUGCAGAGAAUGACUCAGUGGAUGGAGUAGCAGCCAAGUCAGCGACCAAGGACACGAAUAAUGAGAUCAAAUACCACGAGGCCGGCUACGAUGCCUAUAUCACCGGCCAGGCGUUCCUUCGCUUUGCUGGUUAUAUUCUCAAGGAACGCGAGAGGCUAUCUUCUGGGGAUGACGAACACACGCGGAAAAAGCGAAGGCUGGAGGAUGUAGACUUGGACAAUGCACAGGGCGAUGCCCCCGAGUCAACCAGCGGAGCAUUGAAAUCCAAGCCCCUGGUCGCCGCAGAUGAUGUGGAUGAGGAAGAAGAGGGUGAAGUGUCAGAGACGGAAAUGGAAAAGGAUGCGCUUUUGGAGAAGCGGAAGCGUGUUAUCAUGGACAACCCGACGAAGGACAUCUUGGAGACAGAGGAGCUGAAGAAUUAUUACAACUUACUGCAUAUCAUGCGAUCGGAUAUUCCUGUCAUGAAUCUCGCUGGCCCAGAUCAGGAGCCUGAGGAGCGACCAUGGAGCUACCUGCUCAAAAAUAUCCCCUCGAACUUUGAGACGUCGACACUGUUCCACCUGUUCGCGUCGUACAACCCUUUCCGGUUCAACUGGAUGGAUACGACGAGUGCAUGGAUUCAACUUAGUCAACGCGCGCCGGCUUCGGAAGGAGAGGAGUCCUCGGGGGAGCCGUAUGAACCGACACCGUUGCCCCUGGGGCGUCUGGGCGAGGCAUAUGUGAAUCCAUUGUGUGUGGGAGGCGGGGGUGCGGCGGUGAAGGGGCGCGAUGCGGGCAUUGUGCCAGAGGCUGCUGAUAUCGAAGUUGUUUCGUGGAGGGCCUGGUACGAUGAAAGGGAGGAGCUGGAGCGACAGCAACGUCAUUUACUGUACUCGCAGCAGCAGCAGCAGCAGCAGCAGCAGGCGCAGUCGGGAAGGGACCCCAACGUACGCUUUCCAAAGAGGCCCAUCCGAGUGAACGGAGCAUCGACGCCGCAAGACUCACCACAAGUACUAUCUUCAUCAUUAACCACCAGCGCGAGCUCACCGAGGACCAGCGAUGGAUCUAGUAUCAAUGUCAUUGCUGCAUCUACUACAGACAACAGUAGCAAGGCCAGCGACGAUGCAAGUGUAGCAACUGCUGGAACGAAGAGGAAGCAGCGCGAGGACGAGGAUGCAGUUGACGAGAAGUAGCACGGCGGGCUAUUCAUUGCUGCUGUUGUCCAUCCCUGUCCCUUUCCUUCUUUUGGAUGAUCAUGCCAUUUUUAAUUUUUUAAACAAACGUAUGCGAUUUGCAUAAUAAACCGGUGUCCGCUUGCGAAUGGAAACCCAAAAAAGGACGACCGUGUUCCAUAUCCCACUCAC